AUCUUUGCAAAAUGUUGCAGAGACAGUUUUUCCUCCAGGUCUCCGAGGCAACCGUCAAGAGAGCCAGGAAAAAGCUGGGUUGGAUAAAAAGCGGGCCAAAAUACUGUCAGUUGGUCAAAGAGAAGAACCGAGUAGCCAGGCUGACAUUCUGCCAAAAAGCCAAUAAUUCCAAUGAUAAUUUUUCCAAUGUCAUAUUCACCGACGAGUCUUCGAUUUGGAUGGAAUCGCAUGCAAAAAUUUGUUUCCGACGAAUUGGGGAACUCCCAAAGCAUAAACCAAAAGUAAAGCAUGCGUACAAAAUUCAUGUCUGGGAAGGGAUAAGCACACGUGGUGCAACCGAUAUCCUUCUGUUUACAGGUAUAAUGAGGAAAGAAUUUUAUGUAGACAAAAUUUUACGUGGCCAGCUCCUGCCGUUUAUCAGCGAAUGUUUUUCAGAAGGAAAUUACAGAUUUCAACAAGACAAUGACCCAAAGCACAAAAGUAAGUGCAUGCCAUAGGCCGGCACCUAUAGGCUAUACUGAUGAUUUCACAAAACGCACAUGAAAUCUUAAUGACGUAAUAAUUUAAUUGGCCAGGCUCGAAGGAAUUUCAUGACUGGUUGAAUGUUUUCUACAAGUUAAACACUGCAUGAUCAACACUAUAGAUAAGAUUAGUAAGUCAGAAAAUCAGUAACUGAUUUCUAGAUCUUAUACAGUUUCUAUAUAACGUUUCCCAUUUUGUAUCGUUUUAGGUCACCUUGCUAUCGAAUUCUUGGCAAAGGAGAAAAUUAUUUAUUGGCCAACUCCUCCUCAGAGUCCAGAUCUAAACCCGAUCGAGAUGGUUUGGCAUGAGAUGAAACACUAUCUUCGCAAGUACGCAAAACCGAAGUCAAAAGCGGAGUUAGAACAAGGCAUCUACAAUUUUUGGGCUACUAUGACUCCAGCUAAAUGUGCUAAAUAUAUUGGACAUUUAAGAAAAGUUGUCCCUGAAGUAAUCAAAAGGGACGGCAGAGCAUCAGGAUAUUGA